GAGCGUAGAGGGGAACACUCUCUGGAUCUGGGGAGCUCUGCAUUCAGUACCAUGGACAGUACAACUGCUCUCUUCAAAUUACUCUGUGCCAGCCUUCUUAUCAUCUGCCUGUGCCAUGGACAGUCCUCAAGGGAAAUGUCUUCAGAAGAUUUUGAUGACAAGAAACCUCCCUCCUCAACUGAGAAAGAGCUGGUAGAGGCAAUGGAAGAACUUCUGGGAAAAUUUCAGGACAGAUACCCCACAUACCAGAAAAAAGCUCAGAUUCCUUUGUGUGACAUUGGAGAGAGAUGUGCAGUGAAGCAGGGACCCAGAAUCGGCAAGCUGUGUGACUGUUCCCGCGGAUCAUCCUGUAACUCUUUCCUUCUGAAGUGCAUUUGAAGACAUGCGUUAUUUGGCAUCCCCGAAACUCCAGAAACAACCACACUUUAGAUAUCAUUGAGCAAGAGAUCAUCACUCAUAGUGCCUGCUUUCAUAAAAUAGUCUUCUUUACUUUGAAGCAAAUACACAACAUGAGAUUUGCUGUUUCCCCCCAGGAUAUGUACCCAAUGGGUCAGGAGAAUGGCCUAGGCAUUAGUCUUAGUAUCAUUAAAAAUAAAUGCAUUUUC